UCCAUCUGCCUAGUGCUCCAGCUCAGCCAACAGGGGACUUGGUUGGACUGAACCCUAGAUCGAUUUCCAACCGCCGGCAACUUCUUUCCCUUAUCUACGGCGUCAGUUCCGGCGCCGACCAAGGAACAAUGGGGAAAAAGGUAAAGAAGAGAAAUGCCCGAACUGCUCAAAAGGAGAAACAGGUCACAAACUCUUCACAAAAGAUAAUCCCAACAACGAUGGUUGAUGGAGCGUCUGUUGCAAAAGAGGCAAGAGUUUGUCCUCAUCUCGAGACUGGGAUUAAUUUCGACAAUGUCACCUGGAAGAUAACAUCAUCUGAGUCUCGGAAAUGUGAUGAUUGCAGGGAAGUGGUUGUUGAUAGAAGGGCGAGUAAGGGCAAGCAAGGUAAGAAAAAAAGUGGCGGUUCAUCAUCUGAGUCCACAUCCAUCUGGGUGUGUUUGCAAUGUGGACAUUUUACAUGUGGGGGUGUAGGGUUUCCUACAACACCUCAUACUCAUGCCACUAGGCAUGCAAAACAAUACCAACAUCCAUUGGCUGUCAAAUUUGCAAACCCUAAUCUCCGGUGGUGUUUUCGCUGCGAUACAAUUGUUCCCGCUCAAACGACAGUAGAUGGAGAACAAAAAGAUAUUUUGUAUAACAUUGUUAAAUUAUUAAAGGCUCCACCGUCUUCCGAAAACUCUUUGGAUGUUGAGGAUGUUUGGUUUGGAAGUGGCAGCAUCUUAAACGAGAUCAAGACUGUAAAUACCUCUAGUAGUUCAGAAGUUAGUGAUGGCUUUAGAGUAAAGGGUUUGCUUAAUUUAGGUAACACUUGUUUUUUUAAUUCAAUAUUGCAAAAUCUUCUAGCAAUGGAUAAAUUGCGGGAUCACUUCUUGAGAUUGGAAAAACCUGUUGGGCCUCUUGCAGCUUCUUUAAAGAAGCUUUUCAUUGAAACUAAUCCAUCAGCAGGUCCCCAAAAGGUGGUUAACCCAUGGUCUCUUUUCAACUCUGUUUGUGCUAUUGCUCCUCAAUUUAAGGGAUAUCAACAGCAAGAUAGUCACGAAUUGCUUCGGUUUUUGCUGGAUGGAUUGUGUACUGAGGAGUCUAAAGUGCAAAGUUUUUCUCCAAAACAUAGUUCUACUUUUGUAGAUACCAUAUUUGGGGGACAAAUUUCUAGCAGUGUCAGCUGUCUGGAAUGUGGACACACUUCAAUAGUAUAUGAACCGUAUUUAGAUCUCUCAUUACCAUUACCAACCAAGAAAGGUCUAUCAAAAAAGAUGCCAUUGGUUUCUAGAUCAAAGAAAUUUAAACCACCUCCAAAAAGACGUGGAAAAGUUGGGACAAAAGUUAAUACAGUUUCCCAUACCUCAUCAUCUGUCAGUACUCCAGCUGUUCCAACCAGUUUCGAUUCCUUACAUGCAGAAACAAACGUGAUUGAGAAAAUCUCUGAGAUCACAAUCAAGGAUCUAGACAUCUCUUCAGAUAAGUUGGCACUUGUAAAUUAUGUUGCGCCAACCAGUGCAUUAAAUGGCAAUGGUAACCAGACAGAUGAUUCAUCUGAUCAGUUAUCAUGGUUGGAUUAUCUGGACCCACCUAUGGCAUCAAGUAAUCAUGAUGCAGCUGCAUUUGUCGGUGAUGAUAUGGUCAUGGAAGAGGCAAUAUUGCUGCAGGUGAUGGAGGCUAGCAAGCAGGUUGAUUCCCAUGAUUUAGAGGAAACACAAACUUCGACAAACAAUCAUGACGCAGCUGUGUUUGUUGGUGAUGAUACGGUCAGUGACGAGGCUAUUUUGCAGCAGUUGAUGGAAGCUACUAAGCAGGUCAAUAAUGAUGUUUUUGAGGAAACGCAUUCGACAAACGAUCAUGAUGCAGCUUCAUCUGUUCGUGAUGGUAUGGUCACUGAUGAGGCUAUACUGCAGCAGGUGAUGGAAGCUAGCAAGCAGAUUGAUUCUCAUGGUUUGGAAGAAAUACAGCCUUCGACAAACGAUUGGUGGUUGGACUACCUUGAACCAAGUUUUUCGCAAAAUGAUCAAGAUAUGUCAUCACAACAUGAACAGCCAUCAGCAGUUCAAGAUUCUGGAAAUGGUGGUGACGUUUUGUGGGAAGACGAGCCACCAUUGAUUCAAGAGUCAGAAGUUCUAUUGCUUCCUUAUGAAAGUCUCACUGCAACUAGUAACGGGAAUGAGGUGACAUUGUCUUCUGUCAGUUAUGAACAAGAACCAUCUGAUUUUGAUGGUUUUGGGGGUUUAUUUGAUGAACCCGAGGUUGUUUCUGGGCCCACUGUGGAUCCCAUUUCAAAUGGAGCCAGAAAUAAUAGCGAGUCUGAUUCGGACGAAGUUGAUAACACUGAUUCUCAGGUGUCUGUGGAUAAAUGUCUAUCUUAUUUCACAACUUCCGAGCUUCUCACCAAAGCUGAACAUGCGUGGCAUUGUGAGCACUGUUCAAAAGCUUUGCUAGAACAGAGGAUGAAACUAAAGAAUAAACCACUGGAACUUGUUUCAAAUGGAGCCGAAAAUGGCAGUUCAACUAUUUCAUCUGAUUCUGGUGUUGAAUAUUCCACCUGUAAUGGGCUGCAGAACGAUAAAAGCAAUGGCAGUAGAGUAGGAUCUGAGUUAGAAGAAAAUGGUAAUGUAGUAAAUGGCGAUAGAAGCUCAGUUACAGCUUCUAGUGAAGCAAGUUGUGCUGUACAAGAUCUUGACUUUUGCAACUUAGAUGACCCUGGUGAUAAAUGUAAGGAUGAGAAAUUUCAGAAAAGGGUAUCUAGUCGUUUAGCUAGGAAAAAUGGUUCCAAUGGGGUUGAGGAUGAGGAUUCUAGCAGUAUCAAGGUGACAAGGGAUGCAACUAAGAGGAUUCUUAUUAAUAGGGUCCCACCAAUUUUAACUGUUCAUUUGAAAAGGUUAAGUCAAGAUGCUCGUGGCCGUUUAAGUAAAUUAAGCGGCCAUGUUGAUUUCAAAGAAAUCAUCGAUCUUAAGCCCUACAUGGACUCUAGCUGCAAAGACAGAGGGACAUACCGAUACCGAUUGAUAGGGGUGGUGGAGCAUAUAGGGACAAUGAGGGGAGGCCAUUAUGUAGCAUAUGUGAGAGGAGGUACAAAGGGUAAUGGUGAUUGUUUAUGGUACCAUGCCAGUGAUGCUCAUGUCCGACAGGUUUCAUUUGAGGAAGUUCUAAGGUGCGAGGCAUACAUUUUGUUCUAUGAAAUGAUUUAAAACCACAUGUGUUCUUUUAUUUAAUCUACUACAAGAUUUACAUUUCUUGUACUGGUGGUUUUAGGACAUUGGGGAUCGAAUUCCCCCAAAGAGAGUUGAGAAAAUUUCUUGAAAUAUAUACAACAGUGAUGUUCAAUUACAUUGUGUCCCCACUUUCAUUUCUGUAAGCUGUGAAAUCAAUGGGUCAUUCACAUCGAUGGUUUUGGGUGUAUCUUAUACUUGGUUUCUCUGAACAAAGUGAAAUCUAUGACAGUAUAUUUUUCUCAUUACAAUCAAAGCAUAGUAUUUCUUUA